UCUAUUAAUGUUUCUCUCUGUAGGUACUGCUCUUGUAGCCUGAGACCAUGGAUCAAGGAAAUUAUUCUAGGGUAGCUGAGUUUGUGUUGCUGGGACUCUGUAGUUCAUGGAAGCUCCAGUAUUUCUUCUUCGUGUUGUUUAACUUCUUGUACAUUGCCAUUGUACUUGGCAACCUCCUCAUUGUCCUCACCGUGAUUUCUGAACCUGCCCUGCACACACCCAUGUACAUCAUGCUUGGUAACCUUUCUGUUCUUGAUGUAUUUCUAGCCACUUAUGCAACCCCCAAGAUGAUUCAUGACUUCAUUUAUGAAUCUAAGACUAUCUCCUUUGAGGGCUGCAUGGCCCAGAUAUUCUUGCUCCAUGUCUUUGCUGGUGGUGAGAUGGUGCUUCUUGUAGCCAUGGCUUAUGACAGGUAUGUAGCCAUAUGCAAACCUCUCCAUUAUACAACCAUCAUGAACUUGUACAAGUGUACAGGCCUGGUGGUAGGCUCUUGGGUCAUUGGGAUCAUGCACUCCCUGAGCCAGUUAGCUUUCACUAUAAACUUGCCUUUCUGUGGCCCAAACAUAGUGGACAGUUAUUACUGUGACCUUACCUUGGUCAUUAAACUUGCUUGCACAGAUACUUAUGUCCCUGAACUGUUGAUGCUUUUGGACAGUGGUCUCAUGGGGGUGACUUCAUUCUUACUCUUGCUGAUCUCUUACACAGUCAUCCUAAUCACUGUACAACAUCAUUCCUCAGUGGGCAGGGCCAAGGCCCGCAGUAUUCUGACUGCGCACAUCACUGUAGUGACCCUCUUUUUUGGGCCCUGUAUCUUCAUCUAUGCCUGGCCUUUCAGCAACUUCCCAGUGGAUAAAGUCCUUUCUGUGUUCUCUACGGUCUUCACACCUAUAUUGAACCCCAUUAUCUACACACUGAGAAACAAAGAGGUGAAGUCAGCAAUGCACAAGCUGAAGACCCGGUAUGUGAGUUACAGGCUGCUUUCCCACCUGUCUCUCACAAGACUGAUUUGCUGA